CGCGAUCCAACUCACCCAGCACUCUCCUACUACCGAGCUGGCAUACGAACCACGGCUGUCUUCUGCAUCAGUUCCGAGGUCCUCUUCCUCGUCGGGGUGUUGCUGCGUGUUGAAGAUGCGUCUCGAGGCGUGCCUUCCCCGUCUGCCGGCUCCGCGCAAUACCACACUGGCAGCAUUUCCCAAUACCGCUACCGCUGCACCCAGCGGCCUUUUCACCAUGCGUCCACGCUAUCCACACAGCGGCGCCGUGGUGCUACAAAAGAUGCUGCCUUCCUCUUGCCGUGGACUCUCUCAAGCCAACGUUGCAAUCUACACACGUCUUUGCAUUCCCACAAGCACUUUACAACUCUGACGCUAUCUUGCUACGCUCAAGAUCCAUGAAUCGCCCACGGGAGGAGACUGGUGGAAGGCGUGCACACCGCCAGCGUGUUGACUCUACUCGCAUGCCCAACACCCCCUCGGACGGACUACAACACAGCGCGUCAGAGUCUGCAUAUGCAAUGCGCCAAACCCACAGGAACGCAAGUACACUCCAUGGUAGCCGUGUGCUCGUCUCAGACCGCCAUGCUCCAAGCCCCCAAGCCCCGCCCAUUCGAGGCACGGUGCAGAAUCCACGAACCGCCCAGCCCCAUCACGAUGCGCGCAGGCAACAGACGCCAUACUAUUACGACGGAUACUCGCGCACCACCAGGCUUCGUGCAACGAAUCCCGAUCCUACGGUCCCGCGCCCCACGUUUCGCCAGCUGGCUGCGCUCCGAGGCGAGCCUGAUGCUAGGCCGCGACGCUUCGACAGGCCUGUCCGGGGACUUUGCGUGGUGAGCUCGUUGGAUGUGGCGGUUGAUCCUCCUGCUGAGCCGCGUCGGUCACCCUCCGGAGCGGACGGGGACGCAAAGCCACAACAGGGCGUGGAGUAUGGUCGAGGGCAGGUGGAGUAUGGUCUCGGGCAGGUGGAGUCUGGUCUCGGGCAGGUGGAGUCUGUAGCGCACCAGCAGAGGCGCGAGGAUACUCCGGCGCUCAUCGAUCGCGGGGCGUGUACUGGAACAACGCAAGAUUCCACUGGAACUCGUUCCUUCGUCGACAGCUCGCGCGUGCAUACUGCCGCAAAGGGCUUUGCAUUGAUUCGCUUUGGCAGCGGCAGGCGGGCGAAGCUUCGUCGGGACUUCAAGGGCUUCCUCGGGAUCAAGCAUGACUAGACACUUGUGUGCAAUGACCGCAGCGGAAUUUUAUGAGUAUCGCAUCAACAUCGAGGCGCAGUGGGCUCUCAAAGUCGUCCGAGCCCGCAGAAUCGUUGCGCUGCUUCAGUGUCCACUGCUUA